AUGGCGGUGUCUGACAGUGGCACCACGUUUUGGCAAAGUGGUUGGCACACAGUUUUCCGUGAGAAGGGUUAUGACAAAAGUAAAGCCAUGCAACUUGAAAAUCACACUCCAAAGGAAGAAAAUAGCAGCCUCAAGAACGACGUUAAUCUCUCAUUCCUCAAUAUUAUUGUAAUUCAGAGGGACGAAGAACAGAAAGGUGUGGGGUCUGAUGAAUGUUCGGUCAUAGUCAUGGUGAUGAUGAUUAAGGAAGACUCGCCAUCCAAACCCCAAGAAAAGGUCGUGUUCACGCUACAGGCAAGUGAGUAA